CUCGCCACAGAAAUGACUGCUGUCCACGCAGGCAACAUAAACAUCAAACGGGACCCCAAAAGUCUAGAGAUCAGGACUCUGGCAGUUGAAAGACUGUUGCAGCCUCUUGUUACCCAGGUUACAACCCUGGUCAAUACCAAUAGCAAGGGGCCCUCUAAUAAGAAUUGAGGUCGUUCUAAGAAGGCCCAUGUUUGGGCUGCAUCUGUCGAACAAGCAACAGACAAUUUCUUGGAGGACAGGGAUAAAAUUGCAAAGGAGAGUCAGUUUCUCAAGGAGGAGCUUGUGGCUGCUGUAGAAGGUGUUUGAAAACAAGGAGAUUUGAUGGAGAGUGCUAUUGGAGAGUUUGUGGAUGGUCCCUCUUCUCCCACGACGCGUGGCAACGCGGUUCGGGCAGCUCGAGCUUUGCUCUCUGGUGUUACCCGGCUGCUUAAUUUGCCUGACGUGACAGAUGCCUACAAAUUACUUGUUCAGCUGAAAGUUGUAGAAGACGGUAUCUUGAAACUGGGGAAUGCUGGCACUGAACAGGACUUGGGAAUACAGUAUAAGGCCCUGAAACCUGAAGUGGAUAAGCUGAACAUUAUGGCAGCCAAAAGACAACAGGAACGGAAAGAUAUGGGCCAUCGUGAUCCGAUGGCUGCAGCCAGAGGAAUCCUGCAGAAAAACGUUCCAAUCCUCUAUACUGCACCCCAGGCAUGCCUACAGCACGCUGAUGUCGCAGCCUGUAAGGCCAGCAGAGACCUGAUAUACAAGCAGCUGCGGGAGGCGGUCACAGGCGUUUCUAGUGCAGCCCAGGCUACUGGAUCAGAUGACGCCUCCCAGCACCAGGGUCGAGAAGGAGGAGAACUGGCAUGUGCCCUCAAUAACUUUGAUAAACAAAUCAUUGUGGACCCCUUGAGCUUCAGCGAGGAGCGCUUUAGGCCUUCCCUGGAGGGGCGCCUGCAAAGCAUCAUUAGUGGGGCUGCCCUGAUGGCUGAUUCAUCCUGCACACGUGAUGACCGGCGUGAGAGAGUCGUGGCCGAGUGUAAUGCUGUCCGCCAGGCCUUGCAGGACCUGCUCUCACAGUACAUGGGCAACGCUGGGCGUAAAGAAGGGAGUGAUGCACUCAAUUCUGCAAUAGAUAAAAUGACCAAGAAGACCACGGACUUGCAGAGGCAGCUCUGCAAAGCUGUCAUGGACCAUGUUUCAGAUUCAUUUCUGGAAACCAGCGUUCCACUUUUAGUAUUGAUUGAAGCUGCAAAGAAUGGAAACAAGAAAGAAGUUAAAGAUGCCCGAGUUUUCCGUGAACGUGCCGACAAAUUAACUGAGGUUAUCAAUGCUGCGUUGGCUUUAGCAGCAAAACCACGGAGUAAACUGGCCCAAGAGAACAUGGAUCCUUUUAAAGAACGGUGGGAAAAACAAGUCCGAGGUCUCACAGAUGAUGUCAAUGACAUUACUUCCAUUGAUGACUUCCUGGCUGUCUCAGAGAAUCACAUUUUGAAAGACGUGAACAAAUGCGUCAUCGCUCUCCAUGAGAAAGAUGCGGAUGGGAUGUACCGCACAGCUGGUGCAACUCGAGGCCGAGCUGCUCGGGUCAUUCACGUGGUCACCUCAGAGACGGACACCUACGAGCCAGGGGUCUACACAGAGAAGGUUCUGGAAGCCACCAAACUCCUCUCCAACACAGUCAUGCCACAUUUUACCGAGCGCGAAGCGGCCGUGGAAGCCCUCAGCUCGGACCCGGCCCAGCCCAUGGAGGAGGAGGAGUUUACUGACGCCACACGCCUGGUGUACGACGGCAUCCGGGACGUCAGGAAAGCGCUGCUGAUGAUAAGGACCCCUGAGGAGCUGGGUGACUCGGACUUCGAGACGGAAGACUUCGAUGUCAGAAGCAGGACAAGCGUCCGGACGGAAGACGAUCAGCUGAUGGCUGGCCAGAGUGCCCGGGCGACCAUGGCUCUCCUUCCCCAGGAGCAAAAAGCAAAGACUGCGGAACAGGUGGCCAGUUUCCAGGAAGAAAAGAGCAAGCUGGAUGCCGAAGUGUCCAAGUGGGUCGACCGUGGUAAUGACAUCAUCGUGCUGGCCAAGCAGACGUGCAUGAUCAUGAUGGAGAUGAAGGACUUUACCCGAGGUAAAGGACCGCUCAAAGACACAUCAGAUGUGAUCAGUGCCGCCAAGAAAAUUGCUGAGGCGGGAUCCUGGAUGGGUAAGCCUGGCCGUACCGUCGCAGACCAUUGCCCAGACUCAGCCUGCAAGAGGGACCUGCUGGCCUACCUGCAGUGCAUCGUCCUCUACUGCCACCAGCUCAACACCUACAGCAAAGUCAAGGCUGACGUGCAGAACCUCGCUGGGGAGCUGGUCGUCUCCGGGGUGGACAGCGCCACGUCCCUGAUCCGCGCUAAGAACUUGAUGAACGCGGUGGUGCAGACAGUGAAGGUGUCGUGUGCAGCCUCCGCCAAAUACUAGAAGUCUCAGGGGAGGGCUUCCCGUAACCUCCCUGCUGUGUCAUGGAAGAUGAAGGUGCCUGAGAAAAAGCCCUUGGUGAAGAGAGAGGCACAGGAUGAGACACAGACCAAGAUUAAGAGGGCAUCUCAGAAGAAGCACGUGAGCCCUGUGCAGGCCCUCAGUGAGGUCAAAGCCGUGGACAGCAUCUCAGGCUGCCCCCACCCCUCAGGGCUUCUAAAGACCUGUCAGUGUUCUUCACUCUUGUGUUUGCUAAAUAGGACACUGAUAUUAGAUUCCAUAGGAAGAUAG